GUGCUUAACGGGGGGUACGCACACACAGCCAACCCCCGAGACAGUUGUCUUAUGGAUGUCAGUCCGGCGUGCGGGUUGAGUUUUGUCCAGAGACAGGUGCGACACAGAGGAGUAGUUUACAAAGCCCUGCGCAGUAACGCACUUAACGAGCCGCUCACGGAUUUUUCGCAUCCAGUGGGACUCACACACUUUGAGCCAUACUAUUGUUCCCUCGGCGGCGCCUUUCUCCGGAUCACCAGAGACUCUGCAGCUGUGUUGCUAUGGCAGCGGUGGUCUCUCCCUGCUUCUUCCUGCUGUGUUGGGUCCUCCAAACAACCAGCCUGGCAUUCCCAGAGGAAGCGGGGCCUCUCAACUUCAUCCCCACCGAAGUGGCGAGACGAUACCCCGUGUUUCUGGGCCGACCGCACAGAACGUGGCUCAGACAUGAGCCUCUACACAUCCAGAGGAUCCUCCAGGUCAACCGGACUCUCUACAUUGGUGCCAGGGAUGAUCUGUUCCGGGUGGAGUUGGACAAUGUUUCAGGGGAUGAAAUGUUUUACAGCAAAAAAAGAACAUGGGAGUCAAACAAGAAUGACAUCAGGAUCUGCAGGAUGAAGGGCAAACAUGAGGACGAAUGCCGUAACUUCAUCAAGGUGCUGCUCAGCAGACAGGGCGGACUGUUUUUGUGCGGGACCAACGCCUUCAACCCACUGUGUGCUAACUACACUGGCGACACUCUGGAGAUGGUAGGGGACCCGGUCAGCGGGAUGGCGAGAUGCCCUUAUGAUCCCAAACACGCCAAUGUAGCCGUGUUUGCAGAGGGGAAUCUGUUUACAGCCACAGUGACAGACUUCCUGGCCAUCGAUGCUGUGAUUUAUCGAAGCCUUGGGGACAUUCCCGCUCUGCGUACCGUCAAGCACGACUCCAAGUGGUUCAGAGAGCCAUAUUUUGUUAGUGCUGUGGAAUGGGGACCUCACAUCUAUUUCUUCUUCAGAGAGAUAGCCAUGGAGUUCAACUAUUUGGAGAAGGUGGUGGUGUCGCGUGUGGCCCGUGUUUGCAAACGUGACCAAGGAGGAUCGCAGCGCGUCCUGGAGAAGCAGUGGACGUCAUUCCUGAAGGCCCGGCUCAACUGCUCCAUACCCGGUGAUUCCCACUUUUACUUCAACCUGCUGCACUCCACCAGCCCCAUCAUCAGGAUGCAUGGCAGGGACAUCAUCCUGGGCGUGUUCUCCACACCGCCUAACAGCAUACCCGGCUCGGCCGUGUGCGCCUUUGACAUGGAGCAGCUGGCUGCUGUGUUUGAUGGAAGGUUUAAGGAGCAGAAAUCACCAGAGUCUAUUUGGACACCUGUUCCAGAUGAGCUCAUCCCAAAGCCAAGACCUGGUGGCUGCGCAGUCCAAGGAUCCAAGUUCAAUUCCUCCAACUCAUUCCCUGACGAGAUGUUAAAUUUUGUCAAGACACAUCCCCUGAUGGAUGAAGCAGUGCCAUCGCUUGGACAACGGCCCUGGAUAGUCAGAACCAUGGUCAGGUACCAGCUGAAUAAAAUCGUAGUGGAUACAGAAGCUGGGCCCAACAGAAACCGCACCGUUGUCUUCCUUGGAUCCAGCAGAGGAACCAUCCUGAAGUUUCUCAUCAUGCCAAACCAAGACAACACAGUCACAAACAGCAACAUCUUUUUAGAGGAAAUGGAGGGAUUCAACCCCGACAAGUGUGCUGAUGACUCUCUGCAGGCCCGGCAGCUGCUGUCUCUGACGCUGGACCGGGCGAGCCACACUUUACUCCUCGCCUUCCCUUCCUGCAUUGUCCGCGUACUAGUGGCACGAUGCCAGCUCUACUCCAGAUGCAUGAAGAACUGCAUCGCCUCCAGGGACCCGUACUGCGGCUGGACCAGAGGGAGCACCUGCUCCUUCCUCAGACCUGGAACCAGACUGCCAUUCGAACAAGAUGUUGAACACGGAAACGUGGCCCACUUGGGUGACUGCGAUGGAAUGCUGUUCCAGGAGAGUUUUAUCAAGGAGCCGGAUGGUCUGGUGUCGGUAAACCUGCUGGUGGUGUCUGCGGUUUCGGCCUUCUCCACGGGAGCCAUCCUCUCUGGUCUCACUGUCUGCUGGAUCAUGAGUCAUCGGCACCGUCACUCCCGAGGGUCUGGAGCCAACGGCAGCCGACGCAAAAACGACAAAGAGCAAAAUAUGCUGGGGCAGGGUCGUAGCGGGUCAGUUAUGAGCGUGACAAGAACCAGCGGUGGCGAGAGACGCCGAUCACAGGCUGAUAACCUGUUUGUGAUGCCCAACGGAUGGCCUAAAGGAGAGAUGGACCCAGGCUUACUGCCAACUCCUGAACAGACCCCUCUGCAGCAAAAACGAGUGAUGCGACUCCCAGAUGCCGACUGGGACCAGAGCCAGACCUUCCUCACCUCUGUAGGGACUCCCUGCCCCAACAAUGCCGUCAUCUACUUGAGCUCUAAGUUUCUGCAUGGAGGAGGAGGUGGAGGUAUAGUCCGAAUAGAGGACCCAGGGGAAGUGGUGCUUCCCCCUCACACAGAUCGCCAGCGUUACCUGAUUCUUGCCGCCCAAAGGGGGGAGCAUGGUGGCAACCGUCCCACCGGCAGCUUGAGGAACUCUGCUGGGGAGUACAUCUACCCCGCCACACCACAGGAUUCGCCGGAUCGUCGCAGGGUGGUUUCUGCUCCCACUCCACACAUGGACUACGGGGAGCCUCGCUGGAGUCACGAGGCGCUCAACUACAACAGCAACAAUGGCAUUCCCUAUCACUCUCAGCGCCAAGGCCUCAUCAGGCCCGACAUGCACGGGCCGCGGGGGCUGGGGGGGCUGGCUGAGUUUAGCCACCUUCUGGGGAAGAACAUGGGAGAGCACACCCCCAGUGGCCAGUGAAAUGAUGUAGGUGAGCUCUCUCUCUGAAAACUCAUUCCCACCAACAGAAAACUCUGCAGACUCACUGUCCUGGUCCACAUGUCCACACCUUCUGUCCUCUCUCACUGUCAUUUAACGUUCUGACGUCAUUCAGUUUAUUGAAGAGAGAGACGAAAAGGGGAAAAAAUACAUUGAAAAGAGAAAAUUGUCCAAAAUGAGGCGUUUCUGUUCAUAAUCUGCAGAGUGUCCCCUACUGUCCUUUCAGUGGUGCCUCUCACAGCUCACCACAGGACAAGAAACGAGUUCAGGAGAGGGGUUGCAACAAAAGACCAAAUCUUCUAAAGACAGUUUGAAGAUUUUUCGGAAUAAAAAGACACCUUUGCUUGCAGCGCCAAAUGUGAAAAAGCCUCACUCCACUUGUUUUGACAUGAUGGAUCUCCUGUGGGAGUGAAAUUCUGUUUGCCGUUUUCUUUUCAGACAACAAUGUGCUUUAUCUUGGAUUUCAAAUGAGACAAAACUGUUGUAGCUGCGCCAGAAGGCAAUGACUCUCUAAAAAACAAAAAAAUGGAUUAAAAAAAAUCAUGCAGUAUGUAAGUGUGUGGCCACAACAACCCCAACCAGCGUCCUGUGUUAACUGUGAAGUAUGGCUAUGUAAUGAAGUUGGUGAAAACAUUGUUCAUAGAGAUUUUAUUGUGUCUACUUGAAACUUUUGUGUGUUUACCAAUCAAAAGUGUGAAAGGUCGACCAGUUAGGGCUCAGGCUUAAUUUGUAUAAAGCCGCAAUGAAGUACAAGAAAGCAAUAAUUAGCAAAAAUCAAAUGACAAUGAAGAAAAAGCCAAUUUAAUUUAAUAUUUUUGUAAAACUAAUCUUUACAGCAACGGCGACUGAAGCUUAUGGACGAUAGGUAGACAGGUUUUUAGGAAAAGGACGGCAUGUCCCUCACUGCCUCUCUGUAUGCCUGGGUCUGACUGACCUGACCCUGAGGCCUCCCUGGGCUCAGCAGCGCUUUAGAAAACGGGAACGUGACCUCUGGCUGUCUGGCGAUCCGACCGUGGCUGUGAGGCUCAGCCACUUGGGAGCUCCAUUCAGUCUCCUCUGCCCGACACUGAACCUCUUUGUGCCCCAGACGCAGGAAGAAACUGCAGCAACAAAUAACUGUUAGAAGUCAGGGACCUAAGCCGCCAACACAACCUCGCUGAAUACCAAUAAGGAGAAGCGAAACUCUAUCCCGUUAUGUCAAUCAGCCAAUCAGGCUCGCCCAUGUCUCCUGUGAACCGAUCAGGGUGAUGAAUCACUCGUGGACAGGUACAGCAAACAUCUGGUGUCCGAAGCUCAGGUGUGGGUUAGUGUUGGUGCAAAACUAAGAUCACAAUGCUCAUCCCUGGUGGCUUCAACCUCUUCUUUGAGUGUAUUCCCCAACAAAACUAGAUAAAGACAACAGAUGGUCAUGGGUAUACAUGGGUGUGGAGUUUUUCUUUCACCACACUGUCUGAUCUCGUUUUCUGUUUGUCUGCUCUCAUCCGUUCUUGAUUCAAACGUAGAUAUGGUCAGCUUUAAUUCAACUGGGUCACCGUGUCAUAAAGGUGGUGUGUGUGUGUGUGCGUGCGUGCGUGCGAGAGGGAGAGAGUCUCUUAGGACUUGUAUACAUCGAUGUGUUACUCACACUGAGAGCAAAAGAACCCCAGCUUUGAUCCAUUCUAAUCUCAUUCUCACUUUUCCUUCUUUUCAACCCCACCGUGUUUUCCGUUAGCAUCUACUCAACAUUUACAAAUAGUUGCCAACAACGUCAGACUAAUGUGUGGGAACAACCCAUUCAGUACAAUGUAGUCAAAGCAUUAUGUUGUACAUAGUGCUUUUGAAAUAAGAAACAGACUUUUGCUUGCAAUGCUAAAUUUUCCCUCUCUACAAAACAACACAGACCUUUUUCUACUAUUUCAGAAUCUUCCCACAUCAUCAGAUAUGAUCUUUCAUUUAUCAGUUUUUUGGAAGCCCUACAAAAGUAAAUGAGUCAAUUUAUUUAUAUGUCCUUCCAUUGAUAUCAAGACAUUUCUAAGGGAAAAGCCAUAAAUGUCUUAAUAAAACUAAAAAACAACUGCAAGUAAACCAAUGUCCUGAUUAAAACCAUGGUUGAGAAUAUAAAUUGAAACCUUUGGGUAUUGUUUGUGCGUUCGUCAUAUAUUUCCAUUUGCACUGACAUUCAUCGAGGUACCAAGAUUUUUAAAGGAUAUGUUAAAUGUUGAAGGAGUGGUGUACUUGUUUAAUCAACACAUUUGCAGUUGUCUCUGGUAGGAAUAAAUGCCAUUGGAACUAAAAGUUACCCACAUCACAGCUGAGCUUCAGACAGCGGUUUUGGAGUAUUAUUACCUGAUAUUUGGACAUCUCGCCUCUGACUGGAUGACAUCAGCAACGCAACUCUACCACUGACUUGCAACAGGGAUGUUUUAUCUCCACCAAUAACACAAUACUGGAGGGGCUUCUGCUGUGUGGUGGUGCUACUGAUGCUAACGGUUAGCUUCUACUAGCCGAGACCUCCCUGGAUGUUAAAACAACAACAGCCUUCCCUAUAGUGAGUCGAGAUGUGUGAGUCCAUGAAUGUUAAGUGACAGUGUGACGUAGAUCUGUCAGGAUUUUCAAAUCCUAGAGUUUCACCAUCUGGUUUCUUUCAGAAGUUAAUGCAGGAGAUAGGUGUAGGACACUAUUUUUAUGUUCGUCCUGCAUGAAAUACACAGAGUGACUGAUUAUAAACAGAAAUAAUCAUUAAAACAUGUUUUAUUUUUUGUGAACCACACCUUUAGUGAAGUAUUUUACACUGUCUUUGCAGAUGUUUACUUUUGUGCACUAAAGAGCUUGAUCUCCUGUUAUCUGGUUUUUCCGCUCCUAAACAUCCAUGUACAAUUGACGUUGUUGUGGUACUUUAUAAUAAACUGUUUUAUCCUU